AAGAGCGCGGCCCCGCCCCGCGCGGUCGCUGUUGGGGCCGCUGACAACAAGAUGGCGGCGGCGGGGCCGGCGGGCCCCGAGAGCCGGGUCCUGGGCUAUACCCUGCACCGCUGGAGCAGCUUCUCCUCCACAUACCUGCCUGAGAAUAUCUUGGUGGAUAAACCAAAUGAUCAGUCCUCCAGAUGGUCUUCAGAAAGCAAUUAUCCUCCCCAGUAUUUGAUUCUGAAACUUGAAAGACCUGCCAUAGUCCAGAGUAUCACAUUUGGCAAAUACGAGAAAACACAUGUCUGCAAUCUAAAGAAGUUUAAAGUCUUUGGUGGGAUGAAUGAGGAAAACAUGACAGAUCUCUUAUCCAGUGGCUUAAAGAAUGAUUAUAACAAAGAAACAUUCACCUUGAAGCAUAAAAUUGAUGAACAGAUGUUCCCCUGUCGAUUCAUUAAGAUAGUUCCACUCUUAUCCUGGGGACCUAGCUUCAAUUUUAGUAUCUGGUAUGUUGAACUUAAUGGCAUUGAUGAUCCAGAUGUGGUCCAGCCGUGCCUCAACUGGUACAGCAAGUACCGUGAACAGGAAGCCAUUCGCCUUUGCCUAAAGCAUUUUCGUCAGCACAACUACACGGAGGCUUUUGAGUCGCUGCAGAAGAAAACCAAGAUUGCUCUGGAGCACCCUAUGUUGACAGACCUGCACGACAAACUGGUAUUGAAGGGAGACUUUGACGCUUGUGAAGAACUGAUAGAAAAAGCUGUGAAUGAUGGCUUAUUCAAUCAGUAUAUCAGUCAACAAGAAUACAAACCUCGCUGGGGGCAGAUCAUCCCCAAAAGCACCAAAGGUGAUGGGGAAGACAGCCGACCAGGGAUGAGAGGUGGCCAUCAGAUGGUUAUAGAUGUUCAGACAGAAACCGUUUAUUUGUUUGGUGGCUGGGAUGGAACUCAGGAUCUGGCUGACUUCUGGGCGUACAGUGUGAAGGAAAACCAGUGGACCUGUAUAUCCAGGGAUACCGAGAAAGAGAGCGGCCCUAGCGCCCGAUCCUGUCACAAGAUGUGCAUUGACAUCCAGCGAAGGCAGAUCUACACGCUGGGACGCUAUCUGGAUUCCUCCGUGAGGAACAGCAAAUCUCUGAAAAGCGACUUCUAUCGCUACGACAUCGACACCAACACGUGGAUGUUACUGAGCGAGGACACCGCGGCGGAUGGAGGCCCAAAGCUGGUGUUCGAUCAUCAGAUGUGCAUGGAUUCCGAAAAACACAUGAUAUACACCUUUGGAGGCCGAAUUCUGACCUGCAACGGCAGCGUUGAUGACAGCAGAGCCAGCGAACCACAGUUCAGUGGGUUGUUUGCUUUCGACUGUCAGUGUCAGACAUGGAAACUUCUGAGAGAGGAUUCCUGUAACGCCGGACCCGAGGAUAUCCAGUCCCGAAUAGGACACUGUAUGUUGUUCCAUUCUAAAAAUCGCUGCUUAUAUGUAUUUGGUGGCCAGAGAUCGAAGACUUACUUGAAUGACUUCUUCAGUUAUGAUGUGGAUAGCGAUCACGUGGACAUCAUAUCAGAUGGCACCAAGAAAGAUUCAGGGAUGGUUCCAAUGACAGGUUUCACUCAAAGGGCUACAAUUGAUCCCGAACUGAAUGAAAUCCACGUCUUAUCGGGGCUCAGUAAAGACAAGGAGAAGCGGGAAGAGAAUGUAAGGAAUUCCUUCUGGAUUUAUGACAUUGUGAGGAACAGCUGGUCAUGUGUCUAUAAGAAUGACCAAGCAGCAAAAGAGAAUCCAGGUAAAAGCCUUCAGGAAGAGGAGCCCUGCCCAAGGUUUGCCCAUCAACUGGUGUACGAUGAGUUGCACAAGGUUCACUAUUUAUUUGGAGGGAAUCCUGGCAAGUCCUGCUCUCCAAAGAUGAGAUUAGACGAUUUCUGGUCUCUGAAGCUCUGUCGACCUUCAAAGGAAUACCUGCUAAGACACUGCAAAUACCUCAUCAGAAAGCACAGAUUUGAAGAAAAAGCUCAGACUGACCCUCUUAGUGCACUGAAAUACCUGCAGAAUGAUUUGUAUGUCACUGUGGAUCACUCAGACCCCGAGGAGACAAAAGAGUUUCAGCUUCUUGCCUCCGCGUUAUUUAAGUCUGGCUCGGAUUUCACCACUCUUGGAUUUUCCGACGUUGACCACACGUACGCGCAGAGAACUCAGUUGUUUGACACACUGGUCAACUUCUUUCCGGACAACAUGACCCCUCCUAAGGGCAACCUGGUAGACCUCAUCACGCUGUAACGGAGCAAUCACUGGACACGUGGAAGAGGGGAAAAGCAUCCAUUUUUCAGUAUUUUCAUUUUUUUUUUUUUACUGCAUUGAUUGACUGCUGGGAGGAAGUAAUAUAGUAACCCCUUGGUGUUUGAAAGGGGUUUUAUACUUGUAUGGUGAAUCCCUGAAGCUUUUCCCUUGGAGUAGGUUAAUAAAAUGCAACUGAUGUACUUCUGACUAAAUACAUAUAUUUUUUCUGACUUUGGAUUUUGAGUUAGCAAAAGUGGGGGGGGGAAGGAAAAAAAAUAAAACCCAAUCAUACAGUGAUCAUUUUUGCCUGGAGGGGACAACUAGGUUUGUGGGUUGUCUGUAAAUAAAGAUGAUGGGUUUUAUUUUGCGUUUUGUGAGAAAGGCGGCGGGGAGGUUGUUCUUUGCUCAUUUGUAGCUAGUCAUGGUAUAUUGUUUUAUCCUACAACUCCAUCCUCAGCAACUGAGUAACUCGGUGGCAGGACACUGGUAAUAGUGAUGUAUGUGUCUCGAUUGUUGUAAUCACAGUGUGUCAUGCGAAGGGGAGCACACGUUCCAAAUUUAUCCCUUUCCUCGUCCCAGAAUCGGGCUGACAGUCGUGUCUUAUUGUAUCUGAUAUCUGGUCUAAACGUUAAAUACCUAAAUGACUCUCUUCGUUCUCUGGAACCUUCCACUCAGACACAACAGGCGAGUGGGAACCUCGGAGAAACUGCUGGAAAACGGGACCCUUUUUGGGGACGGUUCUGUUUUCGCUGCCGUGCUCAUCCCGUGAGAACCCGGGUAGGUCCUCGCAGAGCCCGGCAGAACUGGGUCUUCCACCGCACGUACACCCGACCUCUGCAACCUGACUCCGCAUUGGGUGUAGGAUUUCUGAAGCAGAUUGUCUUUGUUUACAUGCACCUCCGCUUCUCGUGUGCGUUUGUCGAUGUGUAAAUGUAAAGAGGAUUGCUCCGAACAGCUUGCCUCCUUCCUGUAUAGUGCAGCUCAUUCACUUUUAAAUGCAUUUGAGACCCACAUCUGAAUGUGAGGGAGGCCUUUUUAGCAUAAAUCUCUUUGAAAGCAAGCUGAUGCAUAUAUAUAGAAAAUAUAUUCCUCGCUGAAAGCCUUCUUUAUAAAUAAGGUAAGGGCUUGGUGCUGCACUAUGAAGUGAAAUGAAGGAUACACAUACCCAGCGUUAGAAACUUUUCACGUUUGGUGCUGGUGAGCAUUCAGUACAUACUGGCAGAUGUAAAUAUUUAUAUGAGACUGCAAAGCUUUAUGUCCAGAAAUGUUCAUGCCGAUAGGGCAUCAUUGCUGCACCCGCUGUGGCUACGCGGCUCCUGUUGAACUCGAUGGAAGUCUUGUGUGUGCAAAGAUGAUUUGGACUCUUGAAAUAAAGAGUUGGUGAAGUGUCUUUUUCAGA